AAGUGAACAUCGAUCAAUUUGGUUUACAUAUCAAACAAAAUCAAUCGAUCAAUUAUUAGAAAAUAAUAAAUUUAUUUAUUCAACAAAGUCGACACAAAAAUCAUGGACAGUACUUUAUAAUUUAGGUUCCAUGGUUUCCUAUGAGAAAUUUAUUGGUCAUAUUCUUGAUAAUCGCCGUCCGGCUCGAAUCAAAAUAAAUAAAAAUACAUGUGGAAGAUUGAGAAGCAUUGUUUUAGAAAUACAAUAUACUCAAUAUCGAAUGGUAUUUGAUUUAGACAUAUUUCAUACCGAUAUUCUUGUUAAAUAUGGACAAGAAAACAACAAGGAAUCAAUUCAAAUUAUAUUUAUGCUCAAAGGAUUACCACAGAUUGAACAACGACUGGCUAAUGAAGAUUUCAUCAAAAUUUGCAACUUAUCGAAGCAUAACAUAGAUCUUAAUGUUAUUUGUCAAUGUUUGGAUUUAUGGUUACAAUUUGAUUGUCGUACAGAUGCCAAGAAUUUUCUUCAACAACUUCUUACUUCCAAAACUACGAAACAAUUUAUACAAAAUUUUGUUGAUUUUCAAUUCUCUUUGUCAUCUAAUAACAAAAACUCAUGUUUAUAUUUGGAUGAUAAAGAUUUUUCAUCUAUAUUAGGUUCUUAUGACAUGAAAAUGCUCGGAUCACUUGGUUAUUUAUUUCAAGAUAAAUAUCUUAUGGAUAAUCAUAUAAAAUCAAGAUUUAUUUCAUAUCAUAAAGAGUCAUCAGAUAAAUUCUAUGACUUAUGCCAUGUUUUAUGGGAUAACUUACAAAAAGAUCAUUGUUAUUUUAUUCAAAACAUAUUUAUUGAUCAAAAUAUAUUUCAUGGUACGUUAUCCGAAAAAAAUAAACAUCGAGCUUCAUCAGCAGGCAACGGAAUUUUGUAUAAAUUGUUUCGUAGUUUUGGAAGUAAGAAGUUGUUGAAGAAAAGCAAUUAA